AUGCAACACAGACAAGACCCGGUAAUACAGCUACUAUUUGGUUUUGCAAAAGAUAUUUUUGGUACUGAUAUCCAAGAAUACGAAAAUUUCUUUGUGGUAUUAAAACAAAUCUGUAAUCAAGCAAACUCUCAGUUUUCCAAGCAUCUUCAGGAUAAAAUGAAGUGGGAUUUUUCUUACAAAUUAGAAAAGAUAUUGGUCUCUUUAGCAGUUACAGCAGUUCAAAAAGUGCAAAUAUCAAAGUUUAUUUUACCAGAUAAGUCAAGUGGGGCAGUUUGUUUAGGUGAAUCAAUGUUAAUCCUAAGCAGCAACACUUGA